AUGGUAAUCGAGCGCCGUUUCUCUUACCGCCUUCCAUCCAGCACGGAUGGAACUCCAAGGCCGGAUGACGGCUCCAAUCGUCGUCGAUAUUAUCUUGAUAUUCUCCCCAACGGCCCCUACAUUGAUGUCAGAGGCCUUGGUACGACAACAUGUCGGCAACAUGACGCCUAUACCGACGACCCGCACGUUCAGCCCCUCCCCUCUCCUUCUGACCCUUCCACUCCAUCCUUCCACCCAAAUCCUUUGCUAGCCAUUCCUCGUCGUCGUGCGCAUUGGAUUUCCUUCCGGAGUAUGGUAUUUUGGCACUUUCGAUGGAGUCAGCGCUUUCACUCAGUCGACCGAGUCGGAUCCCCACCACUUGCUCAUAUCUCAUCCCUGCUCCUGCAUCCCCUCGACCCAAUCCUCCCUGGUGAUCCAGCAGACAUGCACCUUUCUGAACCGGAUAUAUGC